AUGCGCACUGCAUUGCACAGCAAUGUUACCGACUAUACAACUAGAGGAUAUUCAGGAAUUGAAGGCAGUGCUGAGCAGUUCAACGAGAUAGAUAUCAAAAGAGAAGCUGUGACCCACAGACUCAGAAAGGGAGGUUUCAGAGGAAGCCUGAUAGAAGCAGGUUUGCAAUUUUCUGAGGUAUUUGUGCUUGUUUUGCAGCAGAAAGAAACUUAUGAACCUUUCUGUAAAGUUCCUGUGAUCACAUCUAACAAAGAGGAGCAGAGGUUGAUAGCGACGUCUAAUAAGCCUGCAGUUAAGCUGUUGUACAACAGGAGCAACAACAAAUACUCCUACACCAGCAACUCGGAUGAUAAUAUGCUGAAGAACAUCGAGCUGUUUGACAAGCUGUCACUGCGAUUUAAUGGGAGAGUCCUUUUCAUAAAGGACGUCCUUGGCGAUGAAAUCUGCUGCUGGUCCUUUUAUGGGCAGGGCCGGAAGAUUGCAGAGGUGUGCUGCACCUCCAUUGUAUACGCAACAGAGAAAAAACAGACCAAGGUUGAGUUCCCCGAAGCUCGAAUCUAUGAAGAGACUCUGAAUAUUUUACUGUACGAGACUCAGGAUGGGCGUGGGCCGGAUAAUGCACUACUGGAGGCGACCGGAGGAGCAGCAGGUCGGUCUCACCACCUCGAGGAAGAGGAGGAACGAGAUAGGAUCGAACGGGUUCGGAGGAUUCACAUCAAGCGCCCAGAUGACCGAUCGCACCUCCAUCAGUGAGGGGAACACCUCGGUUUCUGUCUGUCUGAGCCUCAGUAUCAGUCCAACUCUCUAACCCUUUGUCCUUACCCUCCCUGGAGAAAGUGAUAGAGAAGAGAAAACUUUAUCACAUAAUGAGGUUCCUGUAAUGUUUUAGAAUAGUGAAUAGAUUAACAGCAAUCGGUAAAACUCAGCUAGGCUGAAGAACUCCUGAUGUGCAGUACAUGGAAUGCUAAAGAAUGGCCACGCUGCAUAAUCUGGUCUGGGUAUCCCGAAUGCACGGUUAGAUUCUAGCUUUAAAUGAUGCUGUAAUUAUUGAUGAAGAGGCAAUGCACUUAAAUUGUACAGAAUGUGUUCAACGAUUACUCUUCACAGAAUAUGUAACUGAGCAGUUAAUUUAUUUUCAUUGCUUUUCCAAAAGUAACUCUUUUAAUCUUGUGGAACACAGAUCAGAAUUGACUGAAACAGUGGAGAGGCACAGCAGGUUAAUCAGUACCUAAAAGAAAGGUUUAACAUUUGUUGAACAGUAUCUGAUACCUGUCCUUUUGAAAGGUGCUGGCCGUGCCUGUGUGUUUCCAUCUUUGGGCACUGCUACUUAAGAAAAGUAGCCUUUCUUUUUUGAUGUUAAGUUACAGAUAUCACUAAGCAACUUUAGUUUCCUUCCGUCCUAUCAAAGAAGAAUUAGGGUUUUUUUCAUAGACUUGGCUUUUGUGUUUUAGACACGGACAUCCUGAUUUUUAACUAGGAGGUCCUUCUGACACUUGCAUUUCCUUACAGCCCUGGAGGGCUGUAAAUUUGUUGCUUUUCUUGCUAAGAUUUGGAUGAUACUAUAAUUGAUUUUCUCAGUCUUCCUUGAAGAUCAAAAGAAAAGACUUUUUUUUUAAUCUUUGCCCCAAAGCCCACUCAUGAUUGACUUGUAGCACUCCACUCCCUUCCCAUUGUUUACCUCUGGCCUGUUCCAGAUUCAGCUUGUUUUCACACAGUAUGUCAGUUUGACCCAUCAGCUACUGCUUGGUCAUUAUUGGCAAGGAGUUUAUUGAGGUGUUUUUAAAUCGUGAUGGAUGAUGGAAGGGCUGACUAUUAUCAUAUGCCUACAAUGUGCACAAGCUCACAAGGAUGUACUUGUGCUGCAUGGUAUAAUCUUUGGACCAUUUGGAUUUGUUUUGACACUUCUAUACCUGUGGCCAUCCUUCGUUGUGAACUGAUAUCAAUUGGAACAGUAGCUAUCUACAUCAUUCCUACUUUCAAAUGUGUGUCAGAUUUCUGCCAAGCACUGAGUUUCUCUUCCUGAUCAAAACAGGUUACAGAACAGUGUAAUGCUUUGAAUGAUCAUUUCUUUUGGCCAAAGUUCGACUGUUUAUGGAGUUGACACUUAUGUUAAAUAUUCCCUUCCUUAACGGCAUCCUGUCGCUCUCUAUCCCACCUCGCCACACUUCCCCCGACCCUUAAAUCUGGUUAUUUUCUUGCAUUUGGAGCACACCCUGCAAUUUGGAUACUAUUGGUGUGGAGUUUGAAGUUGGAUAAUGGGCUGAAGAUAGUGCCUGCACUGUACUACAGCAUAAAUGUGGGUGAUGCUGUGCCGAACCAUGCCAGAGGCACUCUAUUGAAUCAGCUAAAGGAACUUACUCUGGAGAUAAGUAAUAACACAGCAUUGAUAACUGAGAGAGGAACAUUGAGGCACGAGAGUUCCUUUCUUGAAUCCAAACCACGUCGCUGCUCCCACAGUUCAGCUUGUAAAAUGUUAACUCUUCCUUUUUUUUGUUAUUGCAUCCCACGUACCAUAAUUAACCAGCGAAGCAAAGUGGUUGAUUGAACCUAAAGUCACCCUAAUAAGUGAAAACAAAAGGAAAUCAGUUUGUCCUGUCAGUUGGUUUUUUAAAGAAUAAUGCAGUUUUACACUUUAACCGUUUGAACUGUGGGAUAAGAAGGUGUUACCCAGAAAAACGAUUAUGUUAUAGAUUACCAAACCUGCAGUCUAUUGUAAAGAGCCUUUUGAGAUAUGUACAGUGAGGUGAAGCCUGGUGAUGCCCAGUCAUUUAAGGUAAUGAAUCCAAAGCUUCUCAUAACGCGUUAAAACUAAAGGUAGAAUCCUGCUGAUGCUGAAAAUCUGAAAUCAAAACAGAAAGUGCUGGAAAAACUCAGCAGCUUUGGCACCAUCCCUGGAGCGAAGAGAAAGAGUUAACAUUUCAAAUUCACUACGACACUUCUUCAGAACUCAUGCAGCCAUUGUUUGUACUAAGUCCAGAAUCAAUACCAGGGCAGAGAUGUGUGUGGGUUAGUAUGAAUCUACCUAAUCUUUUAAGAGCAUUGACCUUUAGUAUAGACUUGAUCCAUAGUGCAAGUCUGUCAUAUCCAGCUGAACAGUCUUCAGGUUUACUGUUUGAUUUCAUUUGUGUCUGUGGUACCAUUUGUUAAGCAUCACGUUGUGAGGGGUCAAUGGAAUUUACAUUUACGUGAGGCCAGUAGUUAGUCACAAAGGGAUAAUGGCUUGUGUUAUUACCCGGCAAUGUGUUGUUAUGUGUUACAUUUUUUUAAUGAAAGCAGUUACCUCAGUGCUGACUUCUCACUGAAUCGGUAUUUUGAUACGAAAUCAAGCUUAAGCUGUAAAAUGGAGGCAUUUAUCAAUAAUAAUCCCUGUUCUCCUCCAUUGCUGCAUGCCUGCCAGUGAAGUAAUGCUGGUAAACUGUAGGUGACCAAUCACUGGGUUCAAUGAUUUACUCGAACACCAACAUUUUCACUUGCUUCUCCUGAGAGGCCAAGCAACAGCUGUUUGGUAACAAAAUGCUAAAAAUGCAGCAAGUGUUGACAUAUACGUGGGACUUUGUCGUCAUAUAGAGCCUACCAAUAAUCAGAAAAAUGUUACAGUCAGUUGAAAAGAUUUUUAGCCAGUGAAUUUUAAUCAAUCCCUCCUUUCUUCAUUGUACAAAUAGCUACUGUGUUUGUGUCUAUCUGAAAAAGCUGGCUUUUCUUUUCCAGUCUCUUCAAUCCUAGCCUAGUCCACCUUGAGUGCUCCACUACUACAUUACUAAUAAGUGAAAGUAACAUCUGUGUGUUAGCUUCAUUGUGACUUAACAUUGAAGGGAAAACAUACCUCAUGCCCAGUUUUUAUCUGACAUGACAAUAGACAGUGUUUUCUAUUAACUUAAAUCGAUUUCUGGCUGCUAGUGAUUUUAAAAUGUAAAUGCACCUCAUCAUAUUGCUUUUUUUUUUGUCAGCAUCAUCUUUGUCGGGAAUGCUGUGAAUUUGAGGCCAUAUACCCAAGUUGACACUUCAGUGUUGGCCUGAGGUAGUGUGCUGCAUUCCCUUCCUGCUUAGGGGACAUUAGAAACUGCAUUGGAAUGCCAAUAGACUUGGUAAAUAAGAUCAGAUUAACUGAAGUGUGUUUGUGUGUAAGUCUGACUUCUAAACUUUGCAUGUUGGCUUUUACCCGAGACUUUAAAACUACAGUCAGAACAUCCAUACAUAAAAUGACCAAAUAAUUUUAUUGCCUGUUCCUACAAGAUAGUGGGAAAAAUAUUUCCAAGUUGCCAAAUGCUCAGUUAAUUAUUUUUUUACAUUUUAAAUGAUGGGAUUGGGGGAGGAAAUGUGCAAGUUACUAGUUUUCUGAUGCCUGAAUUCUUACCUUGUUUAAUUAGAUGUGUUGCUUGAAAAGGAAUGAACUGGGCUGUUGUAAAAGCUGAAUCUCUGGGAGUUGGGGGUGGAUGUGUGUGUGGGGUUGUGUGUGUGUGUGUGUGUGUGGGUGAGGGGGCGUGUGGGGGGGGCGCGGUGGUGUGUAGGGGAAGGUGUGGAGGUGACUGGAAUGCAGCAUAGCUUCCUUCCUGAUUCUCCUCUGAAAUGGUUCAACUCAGCACGUAUCACUGCACCUUUCUGCUAGUGACCCCUGAUGCAGCUGCUCUUUACUUCUUGAUCUGAACGAAACCAGAAACAACUUCAAGCUGCAAUCUGAGAACUUGGAUGAAGGUUGUAUGGAUCAAUUUGUUGAAGCUUACCUUUAUCUCUAUCUGCAUAAAAUUCUAUUGUUCAUUGUCAGUGCAAAGUUUGAAGUAUUGCAUCUGUAAUUGGGAGAUUGUAAUUGAUUUCGAUACCAGUGGCCAGCCAGUAUUUUAAUUCCAUCGGAUUUAUUCUGGGACAGGCUUUACUUCAGACCUUGAAGUCUGCUCCGGAUGCCAUUAACUCUCAGUUUGAGUAUUACUGUGAAGCUGUAACUAUAUGUAACAUCUGAUAAUUUUCACUUAUUCGCAAAGUCUGUUGAUUAAGAAGAACCUAAUUAUCAACAGCAACAUUACUGAUAUUUGUAAUUAAUUGAUAGAUGUCAAAUUUUGGUCACAGCCAUGCAAUGUGUAGAAGAAAAUGUGCAGUGCAAGUUAUUAAUGAAAAUAGUUUCAGCAGCAUAGAAAUUUGAUAACACACAGGGCCACUAAGUACCAGAUAUGGGAAAGGGGAAUUAUACAGACAUUAAACACUGGAAGUGAACUGCUGGACACUUUGAUGCAGGCAGAAUGUCAAGUCCCUAGAGCCAGGUAUGUUCAGGGAAAGUUAUGGCCCAGCCAGCAAUCCUUAAAGGGACACUAUCACCUAAAAUGAGAAGAUGGGCCUGCAUUGAGAUUAUUACCAGAGGUCAGUCCUGCAGACUGACAAUUAGUGAUCGUGACAAGUCACCCUUUUCUUAUUCCUGUUUUGACAUUGGAACAUCCUCAUUUCCUCAGUUUGACAUCUAUAACUGAGUUGCCAUCAAUAAAUAAUGCAGAAGACAAUCGGUAACUAUCUCACUAUCCAGCCACCUUUGUUCAGGUUGCAGGACAAUGUAUAACCCUUGUCCCUAUGUCGUCUAUCCCCAAAACAUUUCUAAAGAAAUGGUUCACCAGAGAUGCUUGAGAUAUUAUCAAAAGAUAAAGGCAAGAAUCUUCUGCAGCUGUUACCCUUAAAAUAUUUCAUCUUGGUAUUAGUCUGCUAAUAAAUCCCCUGCUGGCACCCCCGCCCAGUCUUGUAUCUUCCACUCUUCACUCAGGUUCCAGUGCUAUCAUUUCAGUUAGUGGUUCCAUUUUAGCAAUCCAAUCCUUGGGUCACCAAACAAUCUUUGGAAUGGUUUCACAGUCCUUCAAAUAUAAUCUGCCUAUUGAUCACAUCCAGACUGAAACAGUAACCAUGAUUUUCUGAAGUAAGGAUAAGGUCAGCAAGAAAGCUUGAAAUUGGUCCUACCUGUAAGAUACUAAAAAUAAUGAGUUUGGGAAGAUCCAAAGCAUCUUUAAAUUGGUGGUCGUGGUCAGAGACCACUUGGUGACUACUCUGGGUAGUGAAUAGACGUACAACAGUGCAGAGGGCAGUACUCUCCAGAGGCACGUUGCUGUUGAACUAAGAGAGCUGUACUGUGCAAUGCACAGUUCAGCAGGAUUCCUCUUGACAGAAGUCUUAAAGCAGGUUAUUGGGCUUGGUAGAGCUUUGUUCUACAUCUAACUGGUGUCUCUGAUCUGAGACUGGAGAAUGCUUUAUUCCCAAGUACUAAUAUCUCUCCUCUUCACAACCAAAAUGUGUUUUUAUAAUCAGACACACUUGAGCACAACUGAUUUCAAAGCAGUAUUGCAGCAAUCUGUGAAUAGAAUUGCAUUUGUAAACCCAGUCUCACCAGCACAGUUAUCUGUAAAGAAUUUUAAAUCAAUUUUCGAUUGUGUUCAAUUAGUUGUCUGAUUUUCAUUUUUAUAAUGAGUACCAAUUUAAUUAGAGUUACAUUCACAUAUUUGAACUGCCAUUGAUUGAAUGUCAUGGAAGCAUAUACUGUGUUGUAAUCCAUUUUGAUUUUUAUUUUUAUAAUAUCAGUGCAUUGUUUGAAAAAGUCUGUAUUUUGUACAGUUAUAAAACUCUGCCACUUUAUUUAGCUAAAUAAAAGGUAAAUAAAGCUUAAACUAUA